GAUGAUCGAAAUCGAAUACUCUUAAUUACGGUCAGCAUCAGUUACUGACCCUUUUUUUUUGCUGGAAAGCCGGGGGAAUCCUCAUCUGCACCCGCCCCUUUGGGGGAGCAUCAAAAUAAUAACCUGAGGGGCUGCCAGUUAGCAGUUUUUAUUUUUACGGCAUGCAUUGUCUGUCACAACUGUAAUUGUAAUCUGACAAGUCUGUCAGUCGACCACCGCAAGUGUCCGCAAUUUGACUGAACCGCAAGAGGUUACCAUCGACACAAAACUUGAUACAAAAAUUACGAUAACAAUAAAAAUAUACCACAAUGACUACUAUUAGGCCAUUUAUGUGUGAAGAUAUGUUAAAAUUUAACAACGUAAACUUAGACCCUCUGACUGAGACUUACGGGCUAUCAUUUUAUACCCAGUACUUGGCACAUUGGCCUGAAUACUUUCAAGUUGUGGAAUCACCUAGUGGAGAAAUAAUGGGAUACAUUAUGGGCAAAGCAGAGGGCCACGGUGACAAUUGGCAUGGACAUGUUACAGCAUUAACUGUGGGUCCUGAAUAUAGAAGGCUAGGACUUGCCGCAACACUUAUGAAUAUUCUAGAAGAUGUAUCAGAGAAGAAAAAGGCUUACUUUGUUGAUUUGUUUGUCAGAGUGAGCAACAAGGUGGCAAUAAAUAUGUACAAAAAUCUGGGUUACAUAGUGUAUAGAACAGUAUUAGAAUAUUACUCUGGUGAUCCUGAUGAAGAUGCUUAUGAUAUGAGAAAAGCCUGUUCAAGAGAUGUGAAUAAAAAGAGUGUAGUACCCCUUACACAUCCUGUUAGACCAGAAGAUGUUGACUAAGAAUAAAAAGUAUUUAUUAUAAGAAA